AUGAAUCAAGAAAAAAUUAUUAAUGCGAGGAAUAUGCAACGACAAGUUAUAUAUAACCUAAAACGCUUUCGAAAAUCAAAACAAUGCCAGGGGUUUCAUACUAGUCUAUCUAAUUGUUAUGAAUCAAGAGGUCGUUAUGUACCAGAACUUUCUCAAAUCCAAGUACCUAAUUCAAGUAGUGCGCGUCAAGGAUAUUUCUAUAGGGAAGACAGAAGUAUUGAUAAUGGUCGUAAUAGAUAUGAAGGGCCCAAUUUGAAUCAAGAAUCUAGUUAUCAAAGGAGUUCGCGAUAUCCUCCAAAAAAUUGGGAACGUCCACCAGAACCAUCUCAAAACCAUGUGCCCAAUGUAAAUGGCUCGCGCCAAGGAGAUUUUAAUAGGGAGGACAGAAACACUGAUAGUGGACUCAGUCGACGUGAAGGCACAUUUUUAAGCCAAGGAUAUGGUGAUCAAAAAAGUUCACGAUAUCUUUCAAAAGAUUUGGAAUGUCAACCGUCAAAUUUAGACCGGUAUGAACUUUCUCAAAACCAGGUGCCAAAUGCAAAUAGCUCGCGUCUAGGAAGUUUGUAUACGAAAGAUAAAAGCACCAAUAGUAGUCGUGAAGCCCUAAAUUUGAAUCAGGGAUUAAGUAUUGAAAGAAAUUAUACCGAUGAUAGUCCUACUUAUUUUGGCCGUGUUCCUGAAAAACCCCGCUCUUUUGACAAAACGUCUGAUGAUAAUGUUGAAAAGCCAUUAUCAUCAUCUACUAGUGAUCGUUUAAAGUACUUGGACCGAGGCUUGGAUUCAGAUCAAGGAAAUUAUAGUCAAAGAAGUCUUAGAAAUUAUACGGAAAGAAGUAAUGCUGAAAGACCGUCAUCUACUAGUGAUCGUUUAAAAUCUUUGAACCGAAGCUUGAGUUUGAAUCGAGGAAAUUAUAAUCAAAUAAGUCUUGGAAAUUACAUUGAAAGAGAUGACAAUGGUCCUGAUUAUAUUGGACAUGUUCAUGAAAGACCCCGCUCUUUUGACAUAAAUUCUGACUAUAAUGCAAGACCAUCAUCUGCUAGUGAUCGUUUAAAAUCUUUGGACCAAGGCUUGGAUUUGGAUCAAGGAAAUUAUAAUCAAAGGAGUCUUGGAGAUUACACUGAAAGAGGUAAUGCUGAAAGGCUAUCAUCUAGUGAUCGUUUAAAAUCUUUUAAACGAAGCUUUGAUUUAGAUCAAGGAAAUUAUAAUCAAAGAAGUCUUGGAAAUUACACUGAAAGAGGUAAUGCUGAAAGGCUGUCAUCUACUACUAGUGUAAAAUCUUUGGGCCGAGACUUGGAUUUGAAUCGAGAAAAUUAUAAUCAAAGAAAUCUUGGAAAUUACAGUGAAAGAGGUGAUGGUGGCCCUACUUAUUUUGGACGUGUUUCUGAGAAAACCCGUUCAUAUGACAAUGAUUCUGAUUACAACUCUGAAAGACCAUCAUAUAUUAGCGAUCGUUCACGAUCUUUUGAUCGACCAUCAUCAUCAUCAUAUUCUACUGGAAGCUUAAGCAAUCGUGAUAUCUCGAAUUACGAAAAACCAUCCCGGAAUUUUUCCGAUGUUAACAAAGAAUAUCCUGAAUACAAUAAUGAACAAAGUGGAUCUUUUAAUUCACGCUAUCCUCGAGGAGAUUGGGGACGUCAACCGUCAAACUUUUCUACUCGAGACGAUUCUUACACGACCUAUCAACAAUCUCGACCAACUCAUGAUCGAACAGACAAAAAAUCUAAACGUUCGGGUGUGUUACAACAGAAACCGCUUUCUUAUGAGGAACGAAUAGAAAGAUUGCGUGAAGCAACAGAAAGAAAAGCUUACCGAGAAAAAUUCGCAUAUAGACAUGAAUGGCCUGCAAUAUUUACUCGUCUUCAUGGAAUAACCGAUAAAAAGAUAAUGCACCUUGAAAAACUUGUUGAGGAUAGUGCAUAUAGAAAAGAGCAAAAAAUGGUAAUAGUUCAAAAUGAGAUUAAUAUACUGAACCUUGUUAAUCAAGGUUUCCCGAUAAAAAGUUUGCUUGUUCAUGCUCCUCAUAAACCAAAAACGAAAUAUGAGAUACAGGCGCCUGCAUUGGAUUACGUAGAAAAGCCUGAUUUGAUUAAGGCGGAAAAUUAUUAUAUUCUAAGCAUCGACAUGGCACGUAAGAUUCUUGGAACUGCGGCAAGACCGGAUCGUCAUGAAAUUUUUGCUGAAGUUCCGUUUCCAGUUGUUCAAAUGCCUGAAAAGAAAGAUCUUGAUAGAAUGUUAGUGUUGGAUUCAGCGAAUGAGGCAAUAGAUUUGGGAUUGCUAAUUCAUAGUGCAAAAGCAUUGGGAUGGAAGGGAUCAUUUAUGCUAAGAGGUACUAAUGAUAAAUUCAACGAUUUUGUAAUACGAUAUUCAGGAUUUCAUUCAUUAACGUGGCCAUGCAUAUAUGGGACUUUUAAAGAACUUUUGGAUUAUCUAAAAGAAAAUGAAAUGUCACUUCUGACAGCUUGGGUUGCACCCAAGGAAAUACUUUCUCAAUGCGCUUCUAUGCACGACUCUAAUUUACUAUUUUGGAAACCUCAAUCUAAUGAACUAUAUAAUGGACCACUUCCAUCACGUAUUGCUCUAUUUCUAACUCGUGAAUCUAUUCUACCUGCUGUGGCUGAAUCUUCGAUGAGAGUGAGCUUGUCAACUAAAGCUGAUGAUAAUAUAUUAAAUCAUGUGAUAGAUAUAAAUAGUGCCGGUAGUAUAAUUAUGAUACUAGACGAAGACAUGUAA